CAGUUUUCAAGAUCCAGUAACAUCCAGAAACAAAAACAAAACAGCACAAAAAAAUCAACGACAGGCAGCAAGACAUAAUAAAAGCAAUAGAACCUUUCAGAAAAAAAUUUGAUCCUCAAGUAUGUACUAAUAUAUUUUAUGGAAUUAUUAAAUUUUAAAAAUCUAGAAGUACUGUGAUGACUAAGCGAAAAGAUAGUGUUAGAGGAGGCAAACUCAGUGGAUCUUCAAGCUUUCGACGACAAAGCACUGCAUCCACGAAUGUCGUUCGACCUCCAAUUUUUCCAUCCACAGACGUGGCUUUUAAAGCACUACUAUCAGCGAGAAUAUGUGCAGCGAUCUGGUCACAAAUAUCGGAUUGCGAUGAGACUUAUAAUUAUUGGGAACCUCUGCAUUAUUUGUUAUACAAUAAAGGACUUCAAACAUGGGAAUACAGUCCAGAAUUCGCACUCAGAUCGUAUACUUAUUUAUUAAUUCAUGGCGUUCCAGCUUAUCUUUAUAAGCAGAUUUUUGAGCCCAAUCCAAUGCUGAUAUUCUACUUUGUGAGGCUGCUUUUGGGUCUCGGAUGUGCUGUUGCUGAAGUCUAUUUCUAUAAGGGAGUUUGUCGAGAAUUCGGGGUGCAUAUCGGUCGAGCAUGGCUAGUCUUUCAACUGUUUAGUGCCGGAAUGUUUAUAUCAUCAGCAGCAUUACUUCCGAGCUCAUUUUCGAUGUAUCUUACAAUGUCAGCAUUGUCUGCUUGGUGGCACCAGAAAUACAAGCUUGCAAUCUUCUUUACAGCCAUUUCUGUGCUUCUUGGAUGGCCAUUCGUUGGACUAAUCUCACUGCCAAUAGUUUAUGACAUCGUUAUAAGACGUAGAAAGAUAAGGACAUUUGUUUUUUGGUCUAUAAUAUCAGGUGUAACAGUCUUAAUGCCAAUGAUCCUCUUAGAUUCCUCAUAUUAUGGAAGUAGAGUUAUGGCACCGAUUAAUAUUGUCCUAUAUAACGUUUUCUCAUCCAAAGGACCUGAACUUUAUGGAACCGAACCAUUUUCCUAUUACAUAUUUAAUGGUUUCCUUAAUUACAAUAUAAUAUGGAUCUUGUCACUUCUAACACCCGUCGCACUCCUUACUGGCUAUCUAAUUGUUCCAGCAAAGACCAAACAACCGACACUAACACUUCCUUAUUAUGUGAGUUUAUCACCAUUUUAUUUGUGGCUUGCUGUCAUGAUGAUCCAACCUCAUAAAGAGGAACGUUUCCUAUAUCCUGUAUAUCCUCUCGUUAGUUUAUGUGGUGCAAUAACAAUUGAUGUAUGUCAACGGAUAUUCUUUCGUAUUAAAAGUGCUCUUGUCAAAUUCACCACACCAACACACUACUUAAAUCACACCACAUUUAUAACUGUCAUCGUGGUCAUACUAUCCGUUGUACUGAAUUUAUCAAGAAUCUUAGCACUUUAUCGUAAUUAUCAUGCACCAAUGGACAUAUUCAUGGAAUUUAGUACAAGUCGAGAUAUUUUGGAGGAUCCAAAUGAUAAGAAGAUUGAUGUUUGUAUUGGAAAGGAUUGGUAUCGAUAUCCGAGCAGCUUUUUCUUCCCAUCAACAAAGUAUUCAAUUAGAUUCUUAAAAUCUGACUUUCGUGGAAUAUUGCCAGCAUAUUAUAGUCAUGAAGAGAAUGCUACACAAAUUACACACGAUUAUUUCAAUGAUUUAAAUCAGGAGAAUCCACUGAUGUACUUUAAAUACGAGUAUUGUGACUUUUUAAUCGAUUUUGAUCUCAAAACAAAGAAGGCAAAUUCACCGCUGGAACCAAAUUAUUCGUUGAGAACGGACGAAUGGAAAAAGAUUCGGGAAGUGCCAUUUUUAAAUCCACAAGCAUCACAUCCAAUUUAUCGUGCUUUUUAUAUACCUUUUAAGUCAUAUAAGCAUACGAAAUUUGGAAGUUUCAAUCUACUGCAGAAAAUAACGUCUACAACUGAGGCUGUAGUUAAAUCGGUUAAUUAAACAAAUUUAUUUUUUAUUCGUGGUUCUUUGUUUUAAUUUGAUGCAUUUUAUUUGCUAAACAAAUUGUCUUUUAUAUUCACUUUGAAUGGAUAUGGAUGUUAAAGUGGUAAUUGAUGGAUUAGUAUCUUUCAAGAACUUCUGAGGCUUCCGUAUUGCGAAAUUGAGUUUUUAUGGAUUAUCAAACAUCUUUAACGGAUUUAUUUUGAAAAUCGUUCAGAAAGUUUGAGUUCAUUUUUGUUGAGUUCAAAAAUUUGAAUGUUAAUAAUUCGUUAAUAUUCAAAUUUAAUAAGUCCGUUAAAAUUUAUACCAAAUUUACUGAUCAAUAUUAGCAACACGCGUAUUGUAAACCAAAUUUUAAUUUAAAACUUAUUUUUUUACAAUCUAUUUUUUCAUAAAAUAUAGAGCAAAUUUAAAUAAUUAAUUAAAAUGCAGGAAUCUGUCUCGGUAAAAUUAAUGAGAUAAAUUCUAUAUUGUGUGUUUCUGUGACGUUAUGUGUGUGUGCGAUUUUUAUGAGUUUCUUUUUAGGUGAGUAACCACAACUUCCUUUUUCACGCUCAUGAUUCACUUCUUGCGACGUAGGAAUUUUUUUUUGUUACCUUUUAAAAUAGCUUCGGACGGAUGAAAAAAAAUUUUAUGUAAAUUUUCAACGCCACAAAAGGCUUGAAUUCUUAACUAUUGACCGACUAGUAUGUUAAUUAGAUCAUUGCGUGGUUCCUGACCAAAAAAAAACACUUGCCAUAAUAACGAUUGAGCAUAAAAAUAAGGGUGAGUGGGACAAAUGUUGAGAGUUGAAUAGAAUUAAUGGAAUUAAUAUUAAGAGACGCAUUUUAAGGCACAAAUUAUUGAAUUUUGAAUGUUUAGCGUAAAGAAUAUCUUGAUCCGAAUCCAAUUGAGCAAUAUAAACUCUUUAAAACUGCAUAAGCAAUCAAACAACGUGACCUGUAAACAAAAUAGUCAUGCAAUCAUAGUAAAUAUUGCGUAUCUGACAUAAUCAAGCAUGUUCUAAAAAUAAACAUAAAUCCUGAAAUGUAAUCAAAGACAUAAUGUCGCUAAAAAUCUAAACAAGACUAGACAUAUCGUAAACAAAAACAACAUUUAUAUCCAAAAAUCAUGCAACGAAGCAAUAAACGAAAUAAAAGCAGUAGGGGAGAAAGAAAUCAGGACACUCUGGACGAUCGAUGGACACGUUUUGCAUAAAGUUUAUACCGCGAGAGGUGAAUCACCCUUUCUAGAGCACAUUUAUGCUUGUAGUUUUGUUCUUUAUGUCUUGCUAUUUUGUUCUCCCGCAUUAUUCAAUGAAUCAACUUCCUUUUUAACCGCCAAAAUGUCUUAUGCCUUACUUACUUCAGUGUAUGCUUUGAAUGUUUUGGCUUGAUUCACUUUUGCUUCUUCUCUCUGGUUUUUAUUUUUUCUUUCUUUGUUGUUUCCGCUUCAGUGCAUUUCCGUAAAAAAAUGCUUCGAGUGUGUGCUUUUUAUUUUGUUUUUAUGAAAAGACGAGUUAUAAAUUGGUAACAAGCUAAUGUCAGUGGCGGGGAAUAGGUAAAAAUAAUAAUUUGAUCAUAUCAAUAUCAUUGUCCAUCCUUAUAAUUAUUCUAUUGAAUGUUGUAUCCUAGAAAUGUGUUUUGAUACUUUUUCUUGUUGUAAUUUUGUUUUUUGGAAUUUUAUAUCUUACGAUUGAAAGUUUCAAAAAGUUUAAAAAUUAAAAUUUCUCGAGAAAAACACGUGUCUUUGUUUACAUUUUCACCUGGAAUUUUUCAAUGCUUAAUUAAGCUGAAAUAUCUCUUGGACAAUCAUUUGAGCAGUUUCAAGUGACUUAAAAAGUGUGAGCAAAGAGAAUUUACCAUUAAUUCCACGCAAAAUAAACAUUAAAAGCACUAAAAUAUCAAAAUUAUAUUUUUGAGUCAAAAAAAUUGCGAGAAAAUCUUAAAUUCUCAACAAUUCAACAUUCAAAUGUCCCGAAUUCAACCGAGUGACCCAAAUAAACAAGAUAACAACCCAACAAUUCAAUAAUUACACCUUGUAAAAAGUACAAGCACAUUUUUAAAUCCUAGAAUUAGUACCUAAUAUAAAAUAAAUAAAUAAUAGCAUGUUAAUAAACCAAAAAAAAAUAUUAUAUGAAAUAAAAGCGCCACUGUCAA